GUCAUUGUUGGCACCCUAAUCUCUUUACCUUUUCUGCUCCACGGGGCCUGCCUCAUUCCUCUUUCGUCUCGUCUCCUCUCUUUCUCUUGUUCCGUUUGGAGCAUCGAAGUAUUUCCCGUUCCCGACCUUGUAAUCUGCCUGCACAGACCUCGCACACGGAGAGAGAGGGAGAGAGAGAGGAAGAGAUUGGUAAGAGCUCGCCCACACCUGCAGGCUCUCGUGUUCUAGCGUCAGAUCCUUCAGAUCUGCAGGCUGUAUAGUACAGAUCGCGUAGAAGGAGAGCGGGAUAGGAGGCGAGCUUAAGAGCUUCCCCGUUUGGAGGUUGCAGACUUUCGCAAGUACCUUAGAUCUCGCCCGUUUCAGUUUAUGAGCUCGAAGGAGAAGCCGACUCUUGGUGGCACGCGGAUCAAGACCCGCAAACGGAACAUAGCUGUUCCGUUAGAUCCAUCCAGUUUUGCGGAUGCAGUUGUACAAAUUUACCUCGAGCACCAGGGUGACUUGGAACUCAUCGCCAAGGAUGUCGAGGCGUCUGACCUUGACUUCUCCAGAUAUGGGGAUACUUUUUUCGAGGUUGUGUUCACGGGAGGCCGGAACCAGCCUGGUACAACCAAGCCAGAGGAGGGUGAACGACAGCCAUACUCUGUGUUAAAUUGUGAGGCGACCCGGCAGGGCAUUCUGCCAAUUGUACUCUAUAUUCAAAAAAUCAUCAGACGGCGUCCUUUCAUGAUCAAGAAUCUUGAAAAUGUGAUGCGCAGGCUCCUACAGUCCUUGGAGCUUUAUGGACCUGAUGACCGGAAGAAGUUGGCCGUUUUCACUGCUCUCACGUUCUCACAGAAAUUAUCAGGUCUACCACCAGAAACAAUUUUCUCAGCUCUUUUAAGUGACAGUUUGAUUGCGAAAGGAACGGUGUUGGGCUUUGUAACAGACUCCUUCAAAGAGUACCUGGUGGACAACACCUUGGAUGAUCUUAUUGGGUUGCUCAAACGCGCGAAGAUGGAGGAUAGACUUCUGGACUUUUUUCCAAUGCAGAAGCGGACAAUCGAAGCUUUUGCGGAACAUUUCAGCAAGGAGGGUUUGGGAGUGCUUGUGGAUUAUAAUACCAAGAAAGUUUUCGAUGUCAAACUGAAAGAACUGAGAACCACGCUGACGGAUCAAAUUGCGGAGAACAUUGAACCUACGGAGGUUGUGGAGAUGGUCAAGCAACGGCGCAGGGAAUGUGCUUUGCCCGAUGUCGAUGUGGUCCGCACCAUUUGGGACGCUAUCAUGGAUGCUGUUCAGUGGUCUGGGAAAAACCAGCAGCAAAAUUCAAAUCUUGCGCUUCGACAGGUGAAGACAUGGGGAAAGCUUCUGGGAACAUUCUGCACGACAGCAAAGUUGGAAAUGGAUCUUAUGUACAAGAUCCAGAUUCAUUGUUAUGAGGAUGCCAAACUCAUGAAACUCUUUCCAGAAAUCAUUAGAGCACUUUACGAUCAAGAUGUGCUUGCCGAGGAUACUGUUCUUGUGUGGUUCCGGAAGGGAACCAAUCCGAAGGGCAGGCAAACUUUUGUGAAAGGACUCGAGUCUUUUGUGAAGUGGCUGGAAGAGGCAGAGGAGGAGGACUGAUUACAUGCGACUCUGGAUCAGAAUUUGGAGGAAUAAAGUGUGGUCACUUGAGAGGUGGUUGUGUGUUUUUUAUAACUCGCAGUAGUUACUGCCUGUGUAUAGUAAGCAGGCAUGUUGCUAGAUAACCUUGAUUUGGCAUUUGCAAAUUCGUAUGGACCACAUCAAUUUCGUGCAAGUAUACGAUUGUCAGAGUUCAAGCCUCUUAUUUGUUUUAUUCUCAAGAUAUGUCGUGUCACGCAUGUUAGUUGUCGUUGAACUAAAUCGUAGUACAUGUUUUCGUUGGGUUGUCGUUUGAUCUUCUUUUCCUGUAGAUUUUUCAAUCGCG